AUGGGAGAGACUCCAAAGGGCUUGCUCUCAGUCAUUCAGAAACUGAAAGGCAGCACAGAGCAGGAACUGAGAAUUGUUCUGUUGGGACUGGACAACGCUGGCAAAACAACAUUACUGAAAAAGCUGGCCUCAGAGGACGUCAACACCAUCACCCCAACACAGGGUUUCAACAUAAAGAGUGUAGCAUCUCAUGGAAUGAAACUUAAUGUAUGGGACAUCGGAGGACAGAGGAAGAUCCGCUCAUUCUGGAAAAAAUACUUAGAAAACACAGACUUACUGAUUUAUGUGAUAGACAGUGCAGACAAAAAGAGAUUUGAAGAAACUGGACUGGAGCUGUCAGAGCUGGUUGAUGAGGAACAUCUAAAGGGAGUUCCUAUUCUCAUCUUCGCUAACAAGCAAGACCUAGCCACUGCGUCUCCAGCCAGUGAGAUCGCUGAGGGACUGAACCUACACACAUACAGAGAUCGCGUGUGGCAGAUACAAGCCUGCUCUGCCGUAUCUGGGGAGGGAGUACAGGAUGGGAUGAACUGGAUCUGCAGUAAUAUUGUAAAUAAGAAAUGA